AUGGCUUCCACGAAACAGCACAUCAACCUCGCCAAGAGCCUGCAUCCGCGCCUCAUGCGCUUCUUCCAAAAAUUCCCGCCGCCGUCACUCCUCCAGGGCACCGCCGCCGCAUCAUCAACCCCAACCGCCGCUGCGCCAACCGAAUCCACCGCCGCCGCCGAGCAGCAGCAGCCCGCAUACCACAAUCCGUUCCAGCCGCGCUUCAACACCAUCACGGGCCGGUGGCAGGGCCCGGCCUUCUCGCUGCGGCGCCAGGCGGACCUGUGCAAGUUGGCGGCAAAGCACGGCGUCGAGGAGCUGCUGCCGUACUCGAAGAAGAAGAGCGGCGAGCGGGCGCGCCGGCGCGAGGAGCAGGGCGGCCUGCGCGUCAAGGGCACCGGCGUCGGCCAGAAGGUCAAGGGUAAGCUGUGGGAGCGCGGGCUCAAGGGCAAGCUGGAGGAGAGGAGGCAGGCCAUGCUCCAGAUGCCCGAGAUGAUCCAGACGUGGAAGCAGCGUGGCCAUGGUCGUGGCUGGAAGAAGUGGCCGAAAUAA